AUGGCCUCCGAGUCGGUGAAGGUGGUGGUGCGCUGCCGGCCCAUGAACCAGCGCGAGCGGGAGCUGAACUGCCAGGCCGUGGUGACGGUGGACUGCGCGCGCGGCCAGUGCUUCAUCCAGAACCCGGGCGCCGCCGACGAGCCCCCCAAGCAGUUCACCUUCGACGGCGCCUACUACAUGGACCACGUCACCGAGCAGAUCUACAACGAGAUCGCCUACCCGCUGGUGGAGGGAGUCACCGAGGGCUACAAUGGCACCAUCUUUGCCUACGGCCAGACGGGCAGCGGAAAGUCCUUCACCAUGCAGGGCCUGCCAGACCCACCGUCCCAGAGAGGCAUCAUCCCCAGGGCCUUUGAGCACGUGUUUGAGAGUGUUCAGUGUGCAGAGAACACCAAGUUUCUGGUCCGGGCCUCUUACCUGGAGAUCUACAAUGAAGAUGUCCGUGACCUGCUGGGGCCUGAUACCAAGCAGAAGCUGGAGCUGAAGGAGCACCCGGAGAAGGGUGUGUACGUGAGGGGGCUGUCCCUGCACACGGUGCACAGCGUGGCCCAGUGCGAGCGCAUCAUGGAGACGGGCUGGAAGAACCGCUCGGUGGGCUACACCCUGAUGAACAAGGACUCCUCGCGCUCCCACUCCAUCUUCACCAUCAGCAUCGAGAUCUACGCCGUGGACGAGCGGGGCAAGGACCACCUGCGAGCCGGCAAGCUGAACCUGGUGGACCUGGCAGGCAGUGAGCGGCAGUCCAAGACGGGGGCCACCGGGGAGCGGCUCAAGGAGGCCACCAAGAUCAACCUGUCGCUGUCUGCCCUGGGCAACGUCAUCUCGGCGCUGGUGGACGGGCGCUGCAAGCACAUCCCCUACCGCGACUCCAAGCUGACGCGGCUGCUGCAGGACUCCCUGGGCGGCAACACCAAGACGCUGAUGGUGGCCUGCCUGUCCCCCGCCGACAACAAUUACGACGAGACCCUCAGCACGCUGCGCUACGCCAACCGGGCCAAGAACAUCAAGAACAAGCCGCGCAUCAAUGAGGACCCCAAGGACGCCCUCCUCCGGGAGUACCAGGAGGAGAUCAAGAGGCUCAAGGCCAUCCUGGCGCAGCACGUGAGCCCCGGCGGCCUGGCAGCUAUGCUGUCCAGCCAGGCACCCCCAAAGCCUGUCCAGGUUGAGGAGAAGCCCUUGCCCACCCCUGUGAUCCAACAAGACACAGAGGCCGAGAAGCAGCUAAUUCGGGAGGAGUACGAGGAGCGCCUGGCCCGGCUGAAGGCUGACUACGAGGCAGAGCAGGAGUCCCGGGCCAGGCUGGAGGAAGACAUCACUGCCAUGCGCAACUCCUAUGAUAUGAAGCUGUCCACGCUGGAGGAGAACCUGCGGAAGGAGACAGAGGCUGUCCUGAAGGCAGAAGUCCUCUACAAGGCCGAGGUCAUAUCCAGGGCCGAGUUUGCCAACACGACCGAGCAGCCACCAGCGUUCCAGUACGAGCUGGCGGCAAAGCCCGAGGUCUUCUCCAUGCCCCAGGAGCCCUCUAAGUGUGAGGUUUCCUGGGAGUCGGAGUCAUCCCCGCUGGACUCCUCCAUGUCUGAGGCCUUACCUGGUGCCGAGGAGUUCUCCAAUGGAGAGUUCUCUGUGCCCGAGGAGGAGCCCAGGGACAAGUACUUCCUGGAUGACUAUCUCGGCCAGGCGGCUGCUGGGCCCCCGCUGGAGGAAGAGAGCGCUGUCCAGGGGGAGGGACUGUCGAUGCUGCCGCUGCAGCUGUUGCCAAGCCUGCAGGACCCGUUCGCCGAGGUGGAGCUCAAGCUGGCCAGACUGUCCUCCACUGUGGCCAGGAUAGACGUUCCCCAGCCAGGCGCACCCCAGCCAGGAGCACCCCAGGUCCCCAAGCAGCACCCCUCCCCACCAGAACUGCCAGAGCCCAGUGACACCAGUUCGGAAGCAGAGGUGUCAAACAGUGACCUCCCACUCAGCACCGAAGUGGAUCUAGUCACAGAGGUGACAAAUGAGAUGGAGUCCACAGCAGAGCCUAGCUCUUGGAUGGAGGCUGAGGCCGAGGCGGCCCAGGGGACCCAGCCUCAGCCCCUGCAUCCUGUGGGGAGCUUGAGAAAGGAGAACGUGGGUGUGGAGGUGGCUGUGCUGACUGAGGAGCUGCUGGAUCAGCAGAAGGUGCUGGCCCGCCUGCAGUUGCUGGAGCAGCAGGUGGUGGGCGGGGAGCAGGCCAAGAACAAGGACCUGAAGGAGAAGCACAAGCGGCGGAAGCGGUACGCGGACGAGCGCAAAAAGCAGCUGGUGGCGGCGCUGCAGAACUCGGACGAGGACAGCGGGGACUGGGUGCUGCUCAACGUCUACGACUCCAUCCAGGAGGAAGUGAGGGCCAAGAGCAAGCUGCUGGAGAAGAUGCAGAGGAAGCUCCGGGCAGCAGAAGUGGAAAUCAAAGAUCUGCAGUCAGAAUUCCAGCUGGAGAAGAUCGAUUAUCUGGCCACUAUCCGUCGGCAGGAGCGCGACUCCAUGCUCUUCCAGCAACUUCUGGAACAGGUGCAGCCCCUGAUCCGCAGGGACUGCAACUACAGCAACCUGGAUAGGAUUCGGCGCGAGUCAUGCUGGGAUGAGGAUAGUGGCUUCUGGAAGAUCCCAGAGCCCAUCAUCAUCAAAACCAGCCUUCCAGUAGCAGUUCCAACUGGGCAACAGAACAAGUCAGCCCGCAAGACCUCUGCACCCGACAACGGGGAGCCAAACAUGGAGGAAGACCGCUACAAGCUGAUGCUCAGUCGGAGUGACAGUGAACAUAUUGCCAGUAACUACUUCCGUCCCAAGCGGGCCAACCAGAUCCUCAGUUCAGAUCCCAUGAAGAGCCUCACUCAUCACAACUCACCACCAGGCCUCGGCUCCCCGCUCAGCAACAACUCUGCCAUCCCGCUUGCCCAGGCCCCUGAAAUGCCCCAGCCCCGGCCCUUCCGCCUCGAGUCCCUCGACAUCCCCUUCACCAAAGCUAGGCGGAAGAAAAGCAAAAGCAACUUUGGCAGUGAGCCUCUGUGAUGGCGGCUGCCCUCUACCACCUGCCUUUAGGCUCCAAGAAACUGCUGGGCGGCCCCGCCCAGGCCUCCUCCCAUCUCCCCCCACAGUGAGGCCCUCAGUCACUAAGCCUGGGGCUUGGGGCUUGGGGCUUGGCCGUCAGAGACUGCCUCGGAGACUGCGGUCCUCCUCCUCGUCCUCCUCGGAGAGGCCUGCCCCGGCUCCGUGCACCGCAUCAGUGUUCCUACCCACCCUCCCACCUUGGAGCCGGCAACUUGGGCCUACCAGUGUUGUCCUUUGCCUCGAUGGCCUCAGAAGCUUCGGACCUGCCUUGGCACCUUCAUCACCAGCCCCAGCAUUUGGAUGAUGCGCGACAUCUUGGUGACUGAAAUUUGUGCCUCCAUGUGAUUUGCCCCCUUUCCAGAGGGAAGCCUUGCCCUGCAGGAGGGGCACAGGAAGAGGUCUGGAGGGCGGUUCCACUGGGCUGAGAAGGCUGCUUCAUAUUAGGCUGCCCAAUAAACUGCCUUUUAGAAUAAAUCCCCUCCCUGACCCUCUCUGACUACAUCCCUGGGCCCUGCAUCUCUGCGGCCAUGGCAGCUGUCCGGAAUGGGCACUCACUGGCCCGAGAUUUUAAAACCAGCAGGCUCCCUGCACCUGCAAACACAAAAGAGUAUUUUUUUUUUCUUUGGAGAGUGUCAGAGAUUUCAAAGAAUCUGUCACCCAGGGCCCCUUUGUGGAACUAUUAAUAGGACCAGGAGCUCACUCUGGAGAAGCUGGGGUGGGGUGCUUAGGUAGCCACAGAGGCAAGCCUCUGACUACACUACCCACCAGGUCAGAGACUUUAAGGGGAACAAAGAGCCUUUCUGAAGGGAGAGUGUUGGGUGGGGCGGGGCUCCCUCCUGUAAGGAAGGCAGAAGGUCCUGGAGGUUCAAGACGGGUAUAUGGGGAGGGUACUCCUGGUGGCAGAAGUUUGGUGAGCAAAAAGCACCAAGUGGCAACAUUCAGCCCUGAGCGGGGACAAGAGAGAUGAAGCUGUAGCGAUGAGGUCAGGUGCAGACUCGAGGUGAAGGAAAAACCUUUAGGUGUCCUGAGCUGUGGCAGGGGUAGGCUAGGGAGGGCAGGAGGAGGCUCCACUUGGGGUAGAGCCAGAAGGAAUGAAGAGGAGCGUCUGCUAGGGAAAUGCAUGGGGGAGGAGAGGCUAAAAGGGAAGGAAUGUUCAUGUCUUCUGGGACUAGGUGGAGCUCUUUCAGAGAAUUUGAGCGUUUCUGGUCCUGGUGGCUGGUAGGUGUCUUUAGACUUAAAAGGUUGGGUUUGAGAGGAUGCCAGGCAAGUCUAGUCAAGUUAACCCUGUAUUAUAUAUAGCUCUGGGCAAAACAUAUCAAAUGAUGACCAUGCCUACAUAUAGUACCCAGAAGAAUCUGAAUCAAAGGUUAAGGCAACAAGGGAGACAGAAACAAGCCUCCUCAUCCCAUUCCAAUCAAUCCCAGUCAUCCAUGGGACAUCUACGGGCCCAAGUGGAGACUCAGUGUUUUCAGCAAAAGUGGCCUUCGGGUUCCUGAAGAGUGACCUAGACAAAAGCUAGUGGGUGUGUGUGUGUGUGUGUGCUAAUAAUGUACUGCCCUGUGGCUGUGACCUUAAAAGUCAAUGAAAAGGGGCUGGGGUUGUGGCUCAGUGGUGGAGCACUUGCCUUGCUCGCGUGAGGUACUGGGUUCGAUCCU